UAUUAAUAAAAGUCUUUAGUGCAGUGCUUCUUUUUCGGUUGUCACAUUCACACAGUAAAGCUGCUGAUGAAACGCAGGAGGAGUUGCCAACAGGGAGGGACAUUGAAAGUGAAAGUAACAAGUCGGACUGACAGACGCCAUUUUCUCGUCGACAGAGCCGCAGCAGCAGAACAGGUGUGUGUGUAAGUGUGUGUGUGUGUGUGUGUGACUGGAGAAGAUGAAUGAUUUAACAGAUGAGGAGGACGGCUCAGUGUCUCCAGUCCCGAGCUGUCUGUCUCUGAAGAGUGACAGGUCUAAGGACAAACGUAUAAACUUCAGUAAUGAACCUGGACCCUCAGACACAAAACAGAGAGCAGUGUCUCCAGUCCCCAGCUGUCUGUCUGUGAAGAGUGACUCGUCUAGAGAAGAACCUCUAAACUUCAGUAAUGAACCUGGACCCUCAGACACAAAACAGAGAGGAGUGUCUCCAGUCCCCAGCUGUCUGUCUGUGAAGAGUGACUGGUCUAGAGAAGAACCUCCAGAAUUCAGUAAUGAACCUGGACCCUCAGACACAAAACAGAGAGGAGUGUCUCCAGUCCCCAGCUGUCUGUCUGUGAAGAGUGACUGGUCUAGAGAAGAACCUCCAGAAUUCAGUAAUGAACCUGGACCCUCAGACACAAAACGGAGAGCAGUGUCUCCAGUCCCCAGCUGUCUGUCUGUGAAGACUGACUGGUCUAUGGACAAACGUAUAAACUUCAGUAAUGAACCUGGACCCUCAGACACAAAACGGAGAGCAGUGUCUCCAGUCCCCAGCUGUCUGUCUGUGAAGACUGACUGGUCUAUGGACAAACGUAUAAACUUCAGUAAUGAACCUGGACCCUCAGACACAAAACGGAGAGCAGUGUCUCCAGUCCCCAGCUGUCUGUCUGUGAAGACUGACUGGUCUAUGGACAAACGUAUAAACUUCAGUAAUGAACCUGGACCCUCAGACACAAAACGGAGAGCAGUGUCUCCAGUCCCCAGCUGUCUGUCUAUGAAGAGUGACUCGUCUCGAGAAGAACCUCUAACCUUCAGUAAUGAACCUGGACCCUCAGACACAAAACGGAGAGCAGUGUCUCCAGUCCCCAGCUGUCUGUCUAUGAAGAGUGACUCGUCUCGAGAAGAACCUCUAACCUUCAGUAAUGAACCUGGACCCUCAGACACAAAAAAGAAGAGCAAAACUCCUGUUUCUGUGGAGGAGCAGCGGUCCAGCUGUGCUUUGUGUCAGGACGUCCUGAAGGAUCCAGUCUCUACCAGCACCUCACACUGGGACCAGUCUGCUUCAUCAGGAGACUCCCCCUGUCCCCAGUGUGGAAACAGAUCCAGAACAAGACUGCAGACAGCCAGUCAGACCAGCUGUGCACACACAGAUAGAGGUCUGCAGGAGGUUUUAGAUGAACAUAGGAUCAGUCUGAAGAGGAGAUGUGAACGUGUGACUGAAGGAAGUGAAGAAACAGUGAGUAAAACCCUCCUCAACAGGAUCUACACUGAGCUCUACAUCACAGAGGGACUGAGUGAAGAGGUUAAUACUCAACAUGAGGUGAAGCAGCUUGAGACAGCUUCCAAGAAAAAGAUCCUCUGUGACGCUCCAAUCAAGUGCCACGACAUCUUUAAAGCCUCACCUGACCAACAGGUACACAUCAGAGUCGCUCUGACGGUCGGCGUCGCUGGCGUUGGAAAAACCUUCUCAGUGCAGAAGUUCACUCUGGACUGGGCAGAGGGUUUGGAAAACCAAGAUGUCAGUCUGCUGAUUCCGCUUUCCUUCAGGGAGCUGAACUUGAUCAAAGCUGAGCAGUACAGUCUUCUCAGGCUGCUCCAUGUUUUCCAUCCAACCUUACAGAAGGUCACAGCAGAGACGCUCGCUGUCUGUAACGUUUUGUUCAUCUUUGACGGCCUGGAUGAAAGCAGACCUUCACUGGAUUUCCACAACAAUGAGGUUGUGUCUGAUGUCACACAGCAGUCAUCAGUCAACGUGCUGUUGACAAACCUCAUCAGCGGGAAUCUGCUUCCCUCGGCUCUCGUCUGGAUAACUUCCCGACCUGCAGCAACCAAUCAGAUCCCUCCUGCACGUGUGGACAGGGUAACAGAAGUACGAGGCUUCACUGACGUCCAGAAGGAGGAGUACUUCAGGAGGAGAUUCAGUGAUGAAGAACGGUCCGGCAGAAUCAUCUCUCACAUCAAGACAUCCAGGAGCCUCCACAUCAUGUGUCUGAUCCCCGUCUUCUGCUGGAUCACUGCUACAGUUCUGGACCACAUGUUGACUACAGACCAGAGAGGAGAGCUGCCCCAGACCCUCACUGACAUGUACUCACACUUCCUGCUGGUUCAGACCAAGAGGAAGAAGCAGAAGUAUGAUGAGGGGCAUGAGACGAGUCCACAGGAGCUGACGAAGGCUGACGGGAAACUUCUUCUGAAGCUGGGGAGGCUGGCGUUUGAACAUCUGGAGAAAGGAAACAUCAUGUUCUACCAAGAAGACCUGGAGCAGUGUGGUCUUGAUGCCACGGAGGCCUUGGUGUACUCAGGAGUUUGUACAGAGAUCUUCAAAAGAGAGAGUGUGAUCUUCCAGAAAACAGUCUACUGCUUUGUUCAUCUGAGCAUUCAGGAGUUUCUGGCUGCAGUCUACCUGUUCCACUGUUACAGCAAGAGGAACACAGAGGUACUGAAGGGCUUCCUGGGGGAUCACUGGAAGAAGAACACCCUGGGGAAACACUGGAAGAAGAACUCAUCCCUGGAUGUCUUCCUGUCUGAAGCCAUGCAGAAAUCCCUCAGAAGUAAGAAUGGCCACCUGGACCUGUUUGUCCGCUUUCUCCACGGCCUCUCUCUGGAGUCCAACCAGAGACUCUUAGGAGGCCUGCUGGGUCAGACAGACAACAGUCCACAAAUGACCCGGAGAGCCAUCAACAACCUGAAGAAGAUGAGGAGUGAAGAUACCUCUGCUGACAGAAGCAUCAACAUCUUCCACUGUCUGACAGAGAUGAAGGACCACUCAGUACAUCAGGAGAUCCAAGAGUUCCUGCAGUCAGAGAACAGAUCACAGAAGGAACUCUCUGAGAUCCAGUGCUCAGCUCUGGCUCACAUGCUGCAGAUGUCAGAGGAGGUUCUGGAUGAGUUGGACCUGGAGAAGUACAACACGUCACAGGAGGGACGACGGAGACUGAUUCCAGCUGUGAGGAACUGCAGAAAGGCUGUGUAA